GAAUCUUAUCAGCGUUGACUAACUCGCUCAAGGUCCACGACGAGCAGCCGUAAACCACGAAGCCUCGAAGGCGGUUACCCUAGCCGGCUUCCGGUCCCGUCGCCAUGGGCGGCCUUUCUUCCGCCGAUGACCUAGACCAGCUCCUCGACAGCGUUUUGGACGAUUUCUCCCAGAUCGAUCUCACUCCCUCCCAGAGGAGCGAUCGCAAUACGGAUGGGAGAGUGGGGAAGGGUGCGUCUCCGUCCUCGUCGUCUUCCUCACCACAAGUAAAGGGAUUGGGGAUGGGCCUGCCGGACCCGGGCGCGAGGAGGAAGGGAAAGCAGAGGAUCCCUCCGAAGGGAUCCCACGCAUCCGAGGCACUGGAGAAGCUGACGCAGGAGACGCGUGAGGCAGUGAGGGGUUUGGAGUCCGCCACGAGAACCACCAAUAUCCCCGAGGGCGCCAAUGCUGAAAUGGUCGAGGAGUUCGUCAAGCAGUUCGAGGCUGAGAUGGCUGGCUCCCAGGAUGUGGAAUCUAUAGUUGAAACUAUGAUGCAGCAGCUUUUGUCCAAAGAAAUUCUCCAUGAUCCCAUGAAGGAGAUUGGAGAAAGAUAUCCAAAGUGGUUGGAAGAGCACAAAGAUGUUCUGAACAAGCAAGAUUAUGAUCGUUAUAGGCACCAAUAUGAGCUUAUAUUGAAGUUAAAUGAGGUUUAUGAUAAUGAACCUGAAAACUUCUCCAAAAUUGUUGAUCUCAUGCAAAAAAUGCAGGAAUGUGGUCAACCUCCAAGUGAUAUUGUUCAAGAACUUGCUCCUGAUCUUGAUCUAAGCAACCUUGGCCAGUUAUCCCCUGAUCAAAUAGAUGCUGCAGCCAACUGUUCUAUAAUGUGAGGACGUUAUACUCUGGAAAGAUGAGCUUGGUUCUCCUUCCACUCAUAUAUUUAAUAUUAACUUUUCCGUUUUAAUCAGCUUUUCUCCAUUUUCUUCAUAUCCAUUUUUUGUUUGUGCAAUACUAGAAACUAUUAAAAUUCAUCCGAGUUUUUUUUGUAGAAUUGUAGUUAAGUUUAUCUGUCCUCUGCUGGUUGACCAAUUAUUGUUUCUGUUCGUAGUAAAUAUUUCUUCACUGAUUCAUCCAGACAACUUUUUAUUA